UGCUUGUCGGCCAAAACGUGAGGGCUGUUUUGGUCUCCCUUAAAUCGAGAUCACUACCUUCCCCUUUAAGGAUAGUUUUCAUAGGCUCACUCAGCCAAUGUGCGGCCACUGAAAACCCCAGGACCAGUCAGUGGAACGUGAGCCAGAGCAUGUUUAAAGGGAUUAUUAUACCCGCCCACCACAGCCAGUCUCUUCGGAGUCGUUACCGGAGUCACGUGCCUGCACAUUAAUGAACAGGACGCGCAGAGCUCAGCGUGCGCAUGCGCGUGCGUAAAAUGUAGUUGGAAAUGAGGUAUCGCCGUGGAGUAGUCGACUUUUAAAAAGCAUCUGCAGCCCAUGAUAUGACGACUUCGCUGGUCUUGCAUCCACGCUGGGCGGACACCUUGAUGUACGUUUAUGAAAAAAGCCCGAAUGAAAGUGGUCACAAUAAAAAUCAAGCUAUGGAGGGACUGAGCGGGAAUUGCCCUGCUACCCACUGCAGGGAUCUAAUCUCGCACCCAGCUUUGGGGCGACAUUCGGGCACCAUCACAACUCACCAGGGCACCGUGUACUCGGAUAUAUCUUCACCUGACGCAGGACGACAGUGUCCCGCGCCUCAGACGUCGUCCAGCGCCUCUCUGGGCUAUAGUUACCCGUUUGGAAACCCGUACUACGGCUGCAGGCUGUCUCAUUCGCACAACGUGAACUUGCAGCAGAAGCCGUGCUCUUAUCAUCCCGCAGACAAAUACACCGAGCCCAGUACGGCACUGCCUACAGAGGAGCUUUCCAGCAGGGCAAAGGAAUUCGCUUUCUACCCUAGCUUCGCCAGCUCAUAUCAGACGGUUCCUGGCUAUCUCGAUGUGUCGGUGGUCCCCAGCAUCAGCGCACAUACCGAGCCCCGACACGAUGCGCUGAUUCCAAUGGAGGGCUAUCAGCACUGGGCUCUUUCAAACGGCUGGGAUGGGCAGGUGUACUGUUCAAAGGAACAAACACAGUCGUCUCAUCUGUGGAAAUCUCCUUUUCCAGACGUCGUCCCGUUGCAACCUGAGGUUAGCAGUUACCGGCGAGGACGCAAAAAGCGUGUUCCCUACACCAAGCUCCAACUGAAGGAACUGGAAAAAGAGUAUGCAGCCAGCAAAUUCAUCACUAAAGACAAAAGAAGACGCAUCUCUGCCACCACCAAUCUGUCUGAGCGCCAAGUUACUAUUUGGUUUCAGAACCGCAGAGUGAAAGAGAAGAAAUUCAUCAGCAAAUCUAAAGCGAACAAUCACAUGCACACUUAAUGGAUUCCCAAUGAAUUGCUUUUACAGUUGGUCUCAAUACGUUCUGAAAGUCUGAUAUUUACUUCUUCUCAAAAACCAUGAACGAAGAAAAUCCGAGGCCGUGUCACAUCACCCAAGUCUGGCUUUACUUUAUUUAAUAAAAAAAAAAAUGAUGCACACGAUUUAAUAAUCGCUCAUCCGUAAGCUUUAAGGGACAUAGGCCAUG